AAUUUCAGCAUGAAAUCUUCCCUCUUCUUCCUAUUUUCUUGGAUUUUAGUCCAAAUUUCAUCAGCCACGACAUGCACAACAACGGAUCAGAUUAAAUUCCUUCAGUGCAAAGGGAGCAUGAUUAAAAUUCAGGAUUUGCUGAAACUUUACGCACCGUACACCGAGACACCCGUUCCUGGCUCGGUUUUUAAGCAAAUUUCAAAGUUAUGUGAUGUUGCUGUGAAAUGUGUAGAUCAAAUCACGUGUGCUGAGGCCAGAAAAGGGGUCUCAAUGAUGGAAUUUGCCUGUGAGGGUAUUGAAAUGAGCUCCGGACCCUUUGGAGAUUGUUUGGCGAAGGUUCAGCAAAAUCCACCGGAUUCUGAAAAAUAUCCAUGUGCUGAGCUUUUUGUGAAGAAUUCUCUUGACACAAUAUCCAAAGGCUGUCAGCUUUUCACCCACAACUCCGAAUGCGUCGUCACCGUUGCCAAGGACCUGUGCGGAGCCCAGGCAGCGGAUUCAUACAAGAAAGGAGCUCCGUAUAUGAAGAAGCUCAUGAAUUGCUCAUAAUUGUUUGGUUUUGAAUAGAAAUGAAUAUUGAAUAAAAAUUGAAAAUUUU